GAAGAAAAAAAAAAAAAAAAGUUAAAAAGUGUCCUGCUCCGCUGAGAAUUCGGCUUUUUUAGGGAGGGCCUGGAAGAGAACGGCAGGGCGCGUUAAGUCAUUCAUUCGCAGUCCUCUGCGCUCUUGCCUUCUUCAGUCCUUCGCUGUGUUUUGUCAAAGUUUACCAAACCGUUAAAAUUUUAAACAGAGGGUUUGUGGAUCUCGUCGCUUCCAGGCACGUCCAAGAAGAGAAGUGUAAGAAGGACCGAAAUGGCGCCGCUGGCCCGUGCGAGUGACACCGUGGAGGUGAUCGGGGUCCUGGGUGGGACCGUGACUCUCCCCAUCCUCAACAUAGACGGAAACAUAGAUGGAAAUGCAAUAGGCUGGUUUAUUGGGAAUGAACCCAUAGUGACUGUGGACCUUAAGGAUCCUUUUCAACCUGUGUUUCAUAAACAAGAAUUCCAAGAACAUUUUGCUGUUUCCGAGAGAGGCCACGUGCUCAGCAUCUCCCAGGUGCGGAUAGAGGAUGCCGGAAUCUAUUCUGUAACCAUUGGGGAUAAAACAUUCACCUUCGACCUCCAGGUGUACAGGGAGCUGGCAGAGCCCACGGUGACCUGCGAGGCCCAGAACUGCUCGGACGGGAGAUGCAGCUUCUCCCUGCGCUGCUCCACACCCGGCGCUGGCCUCGGGAACGUCUCCCACAGGUGGGGGAUGCGGGAUCAGCUAUUGGCUGAGGGCCCCAUGCUGCUGGUGAAUGAAUCACUCUCGGAUAAGCUGGAGCGUCUGACGUGCACGGCACGGAACCCCGUCAGCACCAUGAAUGUCACUAUCACCACCCCCAUGGUGCUCUGCUCAGCAAACACCACGGACCCUCCCAGCCCAGGUGCCAACUCCAGCAGCUGGAUCAGGAUCGGCGUCGUAGCCGGGGUUGAAAUUGCGUUGCUGUUAUCAAUUUACCUCGUGUUCUACUGCAAAUCCAAAGAUUGA